UCAGGGCUAGAGGACUUCAACAAAAUCCACCCGCCUGCCUACAGAGUUGACAUGAAGCUUGAAAGUCUACAGAACAUCUAUCGCAUGGACGCUGUGUUGGUUCACCGCAUUGAGGCAGCCCUUGACCUGGAUGGCAGAGCCAAACAGCAGUCGGAUUCUGUGCUUGGCAAGGACGAAGUAACCCAGGGCCUGAAUAGGAUGUUCAGGAGUGUCUCACCAGAAUUUGCUGAUCAUUUCAGUGUAGAGCCGUCCAAGAAAUUAUGCGGUCUUAUAUUCAGGAUGUUCGAUAGGAAUCAGUUGGGUCAAAUACAGGCUAUUUCUCUCCACGUUGCGCUCAUCUGUUUAUCAGCAGAAACUCUGUUGCGGAAAUAUGGAGGCCUGGCUUGCGCAGCUGCAAGUGAGGGAUCCAUCAGUAGGUCUUCUCUCACAUCUUUAUUAGAGGAUGUCAGCCAGGUUCCUGCAGUCAUCCAGGAGGAAGGGCUAUUUGGUGAUGUCGAAGAAGCAGUGAAGUCGUGUUUUCACGGGGUGCUGACCUCGACCGUAAGCAGGCAACACGUGUCAUCAUGGCUCCAGAGCGAGCCUCGUCUGUUGCUACGGCUACCAGUGCUGUAUCGUUUGUUCAUAAGUCAGAAGGUCGUUCACUGUCAUAUCUGCAAGAUAUUUCCCAUACGUGGACUCAGGAAUCGCUGUGUGAAGUGUCUGAAGGUCCACGUGUGUCAGAGUUGCUUCCUGUCGGAGCAACAGACACGCAAACACAAGAGUCACCACCCAGUGAUUGAGUUCUGUACACAAGUAAGGAAACCAAUAGGUACACAAAAACACUCACUCAGUGUUAAAAUAGUAGUGUAAGGAAAAAAUACUCUGGAAAAAAUAUAAGCACCUUGAGUAAAAGUUUGCCUGCUACCACAUCGACUGACUCAAAGAGGAGCUGAAAGGAGGAAGAGUCUAACGAGGGAGGGGGCAGAGGACAGCCACAAGAGCGCUCCACCUCUCCAUUCAGCUACUCCUGAAGAAGAUGGGAGCACCUCCUCCCAUGUAUGCGUUUCCCACGAUUCCUCAGUGCAUCCUCACUCCUCUUCAUCUAAAUCCCUACAGACUGAUCAGACGCUGCAGGGACAGUUGGAGGUUUCCACUCUGCUCGCUGAAGUCAGGGACCUGCACAGAGACAGACGCCUACUGGAAGAGCAACUGCAGGUGUGGCAUCUCGCUGUGCAAUCAGAACAUGGUAUGUUGAAGCAACGGUGUGCAGAGAUGGAAGUUACCAUGGAGACUGUCAGAGAACACAACCUCCGUCUGCCGGCGACACUCACUCAGACACUGAACAAACUGGAGCUACAACACGCCAAUGAUAGGCCGCCACAACACCAGAAUGAGAUGGAGAAUGCAGAGAACACGGAGAAAGGAAACCUGACACCAACUUCUGACAUAGAGACAUGCUUGGAUGAAGAUGUAAACAUUGAAGAAUUCAUGUUGAAGACCGACUAUGAGUGGAGCGAGAAUGAGGAAACUCCACCCCCCACGAUCAACCAGGGCUUUGCUUGGUCCCAUGACAUCCACUAUGAGGAGGUGGAUUGUGCAGGUAGCAGCCUUCUUUGUCAAUCGAUACAACAAGAGGAUGUCCUAAAGGAGGUGGACACGGGUAUGGGUAAUCAACAGGGCUGCGGAACUUCUAGUCCGGAAGAGAUGCUGCAACAGACUGUGGACCGACUGAAAAGUGUUUUAUGGACAGACAGGAGGAAGGAUAAACUAUCAGGUGAUAAGGGAUUGGCGCAGAUUGAGGCUGCAGACCAUGUUGGAGACUCAUUAUUCUAUCUAGUGGACAAUGUGAGACAAGUCUAG